AUGAGAGAGCAGAUAGGAUUGUGAUGAUGAGGAUGAUGAUGGUGAUGAUGAAGAUGAUGGUGAUGGUUCCUUGAUUCACUCUCCAAAAAACUCAAUUCUAGGGUUUCGUAUCUGAUUCUCGAACUUGUUAGCUCCACAAUUGUGUUUAUGGAAACGACUUCGGUCGGGGACGGAAGGAUCUGAUACGGGGGCUUCGAAGAUGACGGAGGAGGGAUCGGAAAGGGACAACGGCCGAUUGGCGUCUCUCGAUUCGAUCGAGUCGCGGUGGGUGUUUCAGGACGAGGAGGAUUCCGAUGCCGAUGACGAGGGCACCGAUGCGGCGGAGAGUGCGGACAGUUCGGUCCAGUGCAACGGCGUGGACUCCGACGAUGAGGAUGAUAAUGCGGAACAGCGGCUGAUCAGGACCGGUCCUCGGAUCGACUCAUUUGAUGUUGAGGCUCUCGAGGUCCCUGGCGCUCAGAAGAAUGACUUUGAGGACCCUACUCUAGGGAGGAAAAUCGGAUUGGUUUUCCAGACACUUGGUGUUGUUUUCGGAGAUGUGGGAACAAGCCCGCUGUAUACCUUCAGUGUGAUGUUUAGUAAAGCCCCUGUGAAUGGGAAUGAAGAUGUUCUUGGCGCAUUGUCACUGGUGUUGUACACAUUAUUUCUGUUCCCUUUGGUAAAAUAUGUCCUUAUUGUUCUCUGGGCAAAUGACGAUGGUGAAGGUGGUACAUUUGCUCUAUACUCGUUGCUUUGUAGGCACGCUAAGGUUAAUCUUCUCCCCAACCAACUGCCAUCAGAUGCUCGCAUAUCGAGCUUCAGACUCAAGGUUCCAUCUCCCGAACUUGAGAGGUCUUUAAAAAUAAAGGAAAGACUUGAAUCAUCACUUACAUUGAAAAAGCUUCUUCUGAUGUUAGUUCUUGCUGGCACCUCCAUGGUGAUCGCUGAUGCUGUCGUGACUCCUGCUAUGUCAGUGAUGUCUGCCAUGGGUGGCUUAAAAGUUGGCUUCGCUGCAAUUGAGCAAGAUGAAGUGAAGAUGAUAUCAGUGGCAUUUCUUGUUAUUUUGUUCAGUUUACAGAAGUAUGGAACAAGUAAAACAGGGAUUGCAGUUGGUCCAGCAUUAUUCAUUUGGUUUUGCUCUCUUGGGGGAAUUGGACUUUAUAACAUUAUGAAGUACAACAAUGGUGUAUUAAAAGCAUUUAAUCCAGUUCACAUAUACUACUAUUUCCAAAGAAAUUCUACCAAGGCCUGGCGUGCACUAGGCGGCUGUCUUUUGUGUGCAACAGGCUCUGAAGCAAUGUUUGCAGAUCUAUGCUACUUUUCUGUGCGGUCAGUUCAGCUUACCUUUUUACUUCUCGUUCUGCCAUGCCUUCUGCUGGGUUACCUUGGUCAAGCUGCGUAUUUGAUGGAUAAUCAUGCUGAUACAACAGAAGCAUUUUUCACUUCUUUACCAAGCGGAACUUUUUGGCCCGUUCUUUUAAUUGCUAAUAUAGCAGCAUUGAUUGCCAGUAGAGCAAUGACCACCGCAACUUUUUCUUGUAUUAAGCAAUCAAUAGCUCUAGGAUGCUUUCCGCGCCUCAAAAUUAUACACACAUCAAGGAAAUUCAUGGGACAGAUUUAUAUUCCCAUCAUGAAUUGGUUUCUGCUGGCAUUGUCUUUGGUGUUGGUCUGCUCUAUCUCAAAUAUUUAUGAGAUCGGAAAUGCUUAUGGCAUUGCCGAGCUUGGAGUGAUGAUGAUGAGCACAACACUUGUAACCAUUGUUAUGCUUCUCAUAUGGCAGAUAAACAUAAUUAUUGUGCUGAGCUUUGUCACAAUUUUCUUGGGUUUGGAGUUGACAUUCUUUUCUUCAGUGAUAUGGAGUGUGGGAGAUGGGAGUUGGAUCAUACUGGUGUUUGCUGUCGUCUUGUUUCUGAUAAUGUACAUAUGGAACUAUGGAAGCAAGCUGAAGUAUGAAACUGAGGUCAAGAAUAAGAUGUCCAUGGAUUUGUUGCGGGAAUUGGGGCCAAACCUCGGAACGAUCCGAGCUCCUGGAAUUGGAUUGGUUUACAAUGAACUUGCUAAGGGUAUACCUGCAAUCUUUGGCCAUUUCCUUACCACCCUGCCAGCCGUGCACUCAAUGAUCAUUUUUGUGUGUAUAAAAUAUGUCCCUGUCCCUGUCGUGCCUCAAAGUGAAAGGUUUUUGUUCCGGCGUGUCUGCCUCAAAAGCUACCACAUUUUCCGUUGUGUUGCCCGAUACGGCUACAAGGACGCCCGCAAGGAACACCACCAGAUCUUUGAGCAGCUCCUGAUCGAGUCUCUCGAGAAAUUCAUCAGAAGAGAAGCUCAGGAACGGCAACUCGAAAGUGACGGCGACGACGAGGAUUCAAACUCCGAAGAGGAAGGUGGGCCAUUCUUCUCAUCGCCGAGAGUCCUCGUGGGCCCCAACGGGAGCAUGUACACGCUAGGGGUCCCUCUCCUUUCCGACAUAAGGGACACCGGGAAAUCGGCGGCCGUCGAGGAGGAGCUCGUGGAGGAGGAGGAGCGGCAGCGGCGGCUGGUGGGGUCGGAGGCGGAGCAGAGUCUGGAGAAGGAGCUGUCGUUCAUACACAAAGCAAAGGAGUGUGGGGUAGUCUACCUUCUGGGGCACGGGGAUAUAAGGGCAAGGAAGGACUCUUGGUUCAUUAAGAAGCUCAUCAUAAACUAUUUCUAUGCAUUUCUGAGGAAGAACUCCAGGAGGGGAAUUGCCAAUCUCAGCGUCCCCCACUCUCACCUCGUCCAGGUCGGUAUGACUUACAUGGUCUGACUCCUUUUUUUUCUUUUUUUUUUUGGGAAAAAUUUACCCAAUACUCUGAGAUUUACAAGAUUGCAUAAUUAUUACCAACACUACCAGAAAUUCAAUAUUUGUACAAUAAUACUUCAAGAUUUUGCAUAUUGAUCAAAGAUAUGCCUAAAAAUUGUGGGAUCCAUAUAAACAUUAAAAUGUUUCUUGGAGUAUUUUUGUAAGUAUAUUAAAUUUCUAGGGACAGUGAUGAUAAUUAUGCAAUUUUGGAGUACUUGUGUGAAAUCUAAGAAUUCUGAGAGUAUUGGCGUGAAUUUUUCCUGUUUUUUUCCCGCCCACUAUGCAAAUUGAGUUCAUACAGAACGUGAGAACUACGUACAUUCUUGUUGUCUCUUUGAAGCUAAGAUUCAUUUGUUCAAUUUUUUUUUUAAAUUUCUUCUUCUCACUUGGGUUGCAUGUAUUUAUUGUGAACCAUGUGAUGGUUUUGUGUUUAAGAGAUUUUGCAGUUUG